AUGCAGCCGUUUGUUGAACAACCACAAUUUCUACUUGAACCCAAAUCUUCGUAUAUAUUCGAAAAUCGUCCUGUUAAACUUGAAUGUAAAGCAAUACGCACACGUCAAAUAUUUUUUAAUUGUGAUAAUAAAUGGGUACCUGAACAUGAACAUGCAAAAUCAACUGAAACAAAUGAUAAAGGUGUAAUUACUAUUAUAACAUCAAUUGAUAUUACAGCUGAACAACUUGAAGGGCAACUUGAUUCAAAUGGAUAUAAAUGUUUUUGUCAAGCAUGGUCAGCAACAGGUGGAACAUCGAAAUCUAAAGCAGCAACAAUUGAAAUAGCUUAUUUGGAUAAAGUAUUUGAAUGGGAACCAUUACGAACAGAUAGUGUUAUAAGUAAAUCAGCUGAAUUACGAUGCCGUCCUCCAAGUGGUAAUCCAUAUCCAAAAAUAACAUGGUUAAAAGAUGGGAAAUCACUUGAAACAAAUCGUAAUGGAAGAUUUAUAUUAUCAAAUGAAAAUUCUUUACUUAUUGCACAAAUAAAACAAACAGAUGCUGGGAAUUAUACGUGUGUUGCAACAAAUAUAGCUGGAACUUAUUCAAGUGAACCAGCUGAACUUAUUGUUCAUGAUGAUCGUGGAUGGUCUGAUUGGCAACCAUUUUCUGAAUGUAAAGGUAUACCAUGUAGUAUUGGUCGUCAAAAACGCGUACGUACAUGUCUUAAUCCACCAACUAUUACAAAUCGUCCUAGUUGUGAUGGUGAUCAGAUACACGAAAGAGAAUGUCAAGUCGCAUGUCCCAAAGAUUUACCAUCUCCUCCAGGUGUACUUGUGCCAACAGAUGAUGGCUUUUCUGAUUGGUCUUCAUGGACAGACUGUACAGGAGUAGUAUGUAAAACGGGUCGUCAACAACGUAUGCGAACUUGUUUAAAACCAUCAGUAACCGAUGGAAAAAAACCUAUUUGUGAUGGUGAAUUAAUACAAGAACGUGAUUGUCUUGUAUCUUGUUCGAAUAAAACUUCAUCAUCAUCAUCAAAUGCUCCCGUUCGUCCAUUGUCAAGUGGUACGUAUACAAAUUGGACUGAAUGGUCGACUUGCCGAUCAUCGGAUUGUACAUCAAUGCGUACGCGGCAAUGUUUACAAGAGCCAUGUCUCGAUUAUUUAGUUGAAAGUCGACCAUGCAAAGGAAAUCAUUGUUCAAAUAUUAAUAAUGGUAGAAAUACUACGACUCUUGUUUCAUCGUCUGCUCUUAAUGUGAUCGUUUAUUCAUCGAUUAGUAUCGGUACACUCAUCUUUCUUUUACUGACCAUAUUAUUUUUUUUAAUUUGUUGGCGUCGUCGACAACGUUUAACAUCAAAAAAAGGUUUAUCAACAUGUAUAACAUCAAAAGGUACAAGUAGUAAUGGUAGUAGUCAUAUAGGCGUUUGUCAUAGUGAUAAAACUGAAUAUCCAUUUUAUUAUUCAAUACAACAAGAUACAACAUCAACAAGAUCAUGUGUAUCACAAAAUAAUUCUGUUUCAUUAACAAAUUUCGAUUCCGGAAUAGAAAAAGAAAAAUUACUUCUAUCAAAUGAUUCGCCAUUGAAUAGGCAACUUUAUGCAACUAAAUCAUCUAUACAUCCUAUAACAUUAAGUACCUCAAGUUAUACAUCAAAUCAUAUACAAUAUCCAUCAUUAGCAAGUCAACCAAUAUCAAAUGAAAAUCAUUUGAAUUUAAUCUAUGAAAAUAUUCUUCAAUCGUUACCAGAACAUACGGAUUUACGUUAUUUUGCUGUUUCAAUACUUAAUAAUAAAGGUUGUCGUCUUGAAAUUCCUAAUACAGGUGUAACAUUAAUAAUACCUGAAGAUGCUGUUUUACUUGAUGAUGAUCAUUUAAUAUUUAUUGCUUUAAUAAAUAUUGAAAAUCAAAUGCCUAUGUUAAAUAAUGGACAAACACGUUUAUCACCUGUUGUAUUAAUUGGUCCAUCAGAAAUAACAUUACUUAAACCAGCUGUUCUUUCAUUUGAACAUACAGCUGUAUUAGAAUCAUCAUGGAAAUUAAAUUUAAUGUUUAGUGAUGAUAUAUUUAAUUGGAAAACAAUUCUUACUUAUGGACAAGAAAAUAUUUCAACACCGGUUUAUUUACAAUUUAAUAAUCAACAACAAGCAUUUAUUUUAUUUGAAAGUAUGGGUGCAUAUGCAUUAAUUGGUGAAUCAAUCUCAAAACAUCAUCAUGCAUCAAAAUAUAUUCAAAUGGUUUCAUUUUUUAAUCGUUCAUCAACAACAACAGAAACAAAUUCAAAUGAAAUUAUAUCAACAUUACGUUUACGUUUUCUUGAUGCAACAACAGAUGCAUUAGAACGUUGUUUAACAGAAGAAUUUGCUUUACAAAAUUAUUUAUGUGAUCAACCAAAACAAUUUAUUUUACAUGAUUAUGAAGAUCAAAUAUGUAUUAAUGUUGAUUUAGAAUUAUCAUCAACAUCAAGAAUUAAUAUUGGAUAUAAAGAAAUAUCUUUGAAAACAUUUUGGUCAACAAGAUUUGAUCGUUCUUGUUUUAUAUUUAUUAUACCAAAUUUACAACUCGAUAAUGAACAUUCAACAACAACAUUUAUUGAUCAUUUAGCUAUGCAUAUUGAUGUUUAUCAACCAACGAUACUCGAUAGUGCAUUACAUACACGUUUAUGUGUUAAUACACAUAAUUUUCUUCACAAUUCUGGAUAUAAUAGUUCUUCUAUACGUCAACGUCAACCUACAAAAUCUACGAAAGAAAUAUCUAAAUUACCAUCGCUAAUUCGUCAAAAAUUAUGUGUAGUAUUAGAUCCACCUAAUUCACUUGGAAAUGAUUGGCGUAUGUUUGCAAAUAAUCUUCUUGGAAUAAAUUAUCUUCAAUAUUUUGCAACAAAAUCAAGUCCAACAGAACAUUUAUUAACAUUAUGGGAAGCUCGACAAGAAUCUCUUGUUAAUAUGAUCAAUGUACUUAAUCAAAUAGGUCGUAGUGAUGCUGCUUCUAUUAUUCUACAACAUUAG